AAAAAAAUUUAAACAUUUGAGUGUUUGGUCAUUAUCAAGCGACCUGCGUCAUCAUCGGUCGUCGAAGAGUCGUUCACCCACAUGUGCCAUUCGAAAAUGUAUUUUUAACCUGUGUUUUGUAAACAUAAUGAAUGACAGAAUUAUGUUACAACAAAGACGGUCAUCCAGAUAUGUUAAUUUGCGAAGGAAGAUUUUUCUGGACUCCUGCUUAUAAAUAAACUAGCUAGUAGAAGCGAACUAGCCUGCUUACUACUCCCUUCGAAUAUAGCUAACUUCAUAACUACAGUCGAAGAUGGCACUAUUUCUUAUAAAUAGGUACCUUGGAGAUGAGAGUGACAAUGAUGGACCUAGCAAUGAAUCACGAUCCAAAGCCCUUCUGGCAAAGCUGCAGGAGAAGGCCCGUGCGAGACAGCAGCAGAAAUCGGCCACUGAAGAGGAGAGUAAAUCUCAGCUCUCUGGUGAAGAGGUUAUUCCAAAAAAGAAAAGAAAACUCAAGGACCAAGACGAUCUGGGACAAGGACAGAAGAGGAAGAAGAAAGAAAAACUUGAACACAAGGACUUGAGUGCAGAGACAGACACAGGGGAGAACUGCUUGUCAAGAAAGAAAAAGAAAAGGAAAGAAACUAAAACAGAAGAACUGGAAGCAGAAACCAGUUCCUCAGAAGAGGUGGAAAAAAGUGUGGGGACAGUGAAAAAGAACUCAGAGCAGCAGAGAGUCUUGGCAUCAGAUAAACCACAAGAUUUAGACAGUGAGGAAUCUGAGGAUGAGGUGGAGAGGGGUGAAGAUGAAAGCCUGGAAGAAACAAAGGAACCUGCUGACCAGGCAACAGUGAACUCAGAAAAGGAUCUCGCUCAAUCAGGGUUCACUAUCCUGGGUGGAUUUGAGAAAAAAACUGUACCAAAGGUCCAGAUGGUUUUACCCCAGUGGCUGGCUCAGCCAGAUGUGGUCCAGAAGGAUAUAAAAAAGAACUUGGUCCCAGUUGUAGACAUCCCUGGAAUCUGCCCCAGACUCCUAAAGAAACUGGAGACCAACGGGAUUAAGCACUUCUUCCCAGUGCAAGCAGAGGUCAUUCCCGCCAUUCUCGAGAGCGUGUGCCACGGUUUGCUAGUUGGCAGAGGGGGCUACAGGCCAAGAGACAUCUGUGUGUCCGCGCCUACAGGGAGCGGCAAGACGUUGGCAUUCGUCAUCCCAGUCAUUCAGGCCUUGUCACAGCGGGUGGUGCGUGAAGUCCGGGCCCUGGCGGUGCUGCCAACCAAAGAGCUGGCACAGCAGGUGUGUAAAGUUUUCUCGUCCUACGCUGAAGGCUCCAGUUUGAAGGUGGUCAUGGUGACCGGGCAGAAGUCCUUUGCGGCUGAGCAGGCCUCUCUUGUGGAGCAUAGUGGAGGCCGAAACCGGAGCCUGGCAGACAUCGUCGUGGCAACCCCUGGCCGGCUGGUGGACCACAUUAAUAAGACUGCGGAUUUCAGUCUGCAGCAUUUACGAUUCCUUAUAAUCGAUGAGGCAGACCGGAUGAUUGACAGUAUGCACCAGUCAUGGCUGAGUCAGGUGGUGAAGGCUGUGUACAGAUCUAGAAGUGGUUCUAAUGAAGCCUCAAUCUUCAGGAGGACAGAGCCUGGACCGAUCACUGCUACAAGCCUGUCCCAGCCCCAGAUGCCACUCCAGAAGCUGCUGUUUUCAGCCACGUUGACUCAGAACCCGGAGAAGCUGCAGCAGCUGGGUCUGCACCAGCCCCGCCUCUUCAGUUCUGUCCACAGCCGACUGCCGGCCACAGACUCCCCCUCCACUCCUGACACCUCCCAGCCCCAAGAGAGGUUCAACUUCCCCCAGGGCUUGACGGAGUAUUAUGUGCCCUGCACCCUAAGCAAGAAACCCCUCCUCAUCCUCCACUUUCUUCUGCGGCUCAAGUUCAGCCCAGUCUUGUGCUUCACAAACUCCAGAGAGGCAGCACACAGGUUGUUCUUGCUGGUGCAGCUGUUUGGGGGCGUGCAAGUGGCAGAGUUCUCUUCCCGGCUCAGCCCUAAUGAGAGGAAGAAAUCCCUAAAAGAUUUUGAACAGGGCAAAAUCCAGCUGUUAAUCAGCACUGACGCUGCAGCCCGUGGCAUUGACAUUAAGGGGGUGAAGUGUGUCGUGAACUAUGAUGCACCCCAGUUUAUCAGGACAUACGUUCAUCGGGUGGGGAGAACUGCAAGAGCAGGGAAAGCUGGACUGGCCUUCACAUUCCUGCUGGGAAUACAGGAAAAGAACUUCCUCCAGAUGGUGAGGGAUGCUGGCAGCCCUGGGGUACAGAAGCAGAUUGUUAAGCCCGAAAACCUUAAGGGGAUGGAGGGCCGCUAUCAGCAGAUCCUUCUGGAGCUGGAAAAUGUAAUCAAGGAAGAGCGAGCCAAGAAACGCAGUUAAUAAGUUAUAUCCUUAUAAAAGAAGACAUGAUUUUGUUUGGGAUACUGUUUCUCACCUUUAUGAUUACACUUGCAUAUUAAAAUGGACCUUUUUGAAUUGUAUUUAAUAAAGAAAUAUAAAACGAA